AAGAGGGCGAGAGCAAAGAACCUCUUUCUCUCUCCCCCCACCCCUGCCAUCCUUAUUCCCUAAGGUCUUCUGUAGUACUAGGCUCUCACUCGCAACUUGCAACACUGUAACCUUUCCAUCCCUAAUCUUCAAUCGAGUUUUGAUCCUCCCACCCUCAUUUUCUUUUUCCUUAGCCCUUUUUCUCUUUUGCCCCCUCUCCCAAUCCUAUCUCUUUAUCUAGGUUCUACCAAUCACAUCCUUGCACUGUGAUUUAAGGGUAUAUCUUCUUUAGCUCAGAGGAGAGCCCUGCACUCACUGCCAUAUGUUUAUUAGUUAUGAACUGAAUAAGGGAAGGCUUGACUUCCUGGGUCAUGGGAGUGAAGGAGUCUGGGUGACAGGAAGCAAGCGGCCUGUCAUGUCUAUUGCUUAGCUGCCAGAUUAACCUUGUCUUGAAAAUAGCGUGAUUGCCCCAUAGGCAAUUCAGUGUAAGGAAGACAAAAAUUCUUUGGGAACCUACCUAGUGGGUUUUUCUUCCAGACUUGGUAGGCACAAAAACAAAGGGGGAACAUGGGCAAAGGAAGAUUUGAUGAAAAAGAAAAUGUGUCCAACUGCAUCCAGUUGAAAACCUCAGUUAUAAAGGGUAUUAAGAACCAGUUGAUAGAACAAUUUCCAGGUAUUGAACCAUAGCUUAAUCAAAUCAUGCCUAAGAAAGAUCCUGUCAAAAUAGUGCGAUGUCAUGAACAUAUAGAAAUCCUUACAGUAAAUGGAGAAUUACUAUUUUUUAGACAAAGAGAAGGGCCUUUUUAUCCAACCCUAAGGUUACUUCACAAAUAUCCUUUUAUCCUGCCACACCAGCAAGUUGAUAAAGGAGCCAUCAAAUUUGUACUCAGUGGAGCAAAUAUCAUAUGUCCAGGCUUAACUUCUCCUGGAGCUAAACUUUACUCUGCUCUAGUAGAUACAAUUGUUGCAAUCAUGGCAGAAGGAAAACAGCAUGCUCUGUGUGUUGGAGUCAUGAAGAUGUCUGCAGAAGAUAUUGAGAAAGUCAACAAAGGAAUUGGCAUUGAAAAUAUCCAUUAUUUGAAUGAUGGGCUGUGGCAUAUGAAGACCUAUAAAUGAGCCUUGGAAGAAAUGCACUUGACUAAAUACGGAUAUUGUGCUGUAUCUGUGUUUGUGUCUGUGUGUGACAGCAUGAAGACAAUACCUCUGUGGUUAUGCUGAAUAAAUUCAACAGAUGCUAAAAUUC